CAUUUCCUGCUUUUCCCGAGUUCAACGCAGUGUUUGCUUUUAGUACCCUUCAUCUGAGCUCGAGAAGCGAAAGCUUGCUGUCUAGUUUCAGUAAUUGCGUCUGCCAAAUCAGUCAUUUGCUCUCGACUGCAACGCGCUUAGCAGGAAGGAAGCUGGUCGUGUCUCCAACAACCGAUCAUGGCGACGACGACGACGCUCCUCGCCGGUCGUGCCGCAAUGCCCGCCGUCCACCUCCACGCCUCCUGCGCCUCGCCUCCUCCUCACGCCAGAUUCGCGCAUUCCGCGCGAUCGCCAAUGUCGGAAGGUCGCCUCCGCCUCGGCAAGCUGCCACCAUGUGAGGGUCGCCCUCAAGCCCGCAGUUUGCAGCAUCAGCAGCAAGCGCACUCGGAAGUGACGCCGCUCCUGUCGCUGAUCCGUCCCCGCUCGGCGCGCUCCCUGCAGCAGCUCGGAGCCUUCAGAUGCAGCAGCGGAUCUCGCGGUUUGAACAGCCAUCGGAACAAUGCGCGCCGCUGCGUGCAAGCGAGCAGCGCGGGCGACGGAUCGACGCCUGAGGCACCAACCGCCUCGAACUCGUCAGACUCGUCAGGCUCGCAAGCGACUGUAGCGAAUACCACUGGCGAUGAAGCCAGGAGCCAUUCGAGAAUUCCGGAGAGCAACGCAACGAUUCCCAGCAGAGCAGGCGGCAACAAAGCGCCGCUCUCCGCUGUCGCCGCGUCCGCUGUAGCCUGCCUCGCGUCGCUCCUCGUCGCCACCGCCGCUACCACCGCCGCUUCUCCCUUCGCCGGCGUUGCGCCCGCUCUGGCUGAGCCGCGCGCCGUCACCGCGUCCGGAUUCGGCGGCGCCUUCAACGCUGGACUAGACACCCUCUUGCCGUUCCUCACCAGCGCCGGAUCCAACGCCGCGAUCAACGGCAACGACGCCGGCAAUGGUGCGGACGCGCAGCAGCUGGGCGCGCUGGCGGGCGUGGGGGAGCUUGCGCUCCUGGGGGAGGGGCAGUUUGCGCCACUGGGCGGAGCGGCGGCAGUGGCGGAGGAGUACAUUCGGCCGGGGCACCGACCCGACCUGCCGAUGACGAGCCCGCUCUUCGGACCCGCGAGACAGGCGGACGAGCCGCAGCAGGUGCACAUCAGUCUGGCUGGGCCUGGCGCCAUGCGCGUGACGUGGCUGACGGCCGACGGGGAAGCGCCCGCAGUGGUGCAGUACGGUGACGCGCCCGGACGCUACACGCACACAGUCACGGGCACCACCACCUCGUACAGCUUCCUCUUCUACCGGUCAGGGUUCAUCCACAGUGCGGUCAUAGGCGGCCCAGAGCAGCCCCUGGCCCCCAACACCGUCUACUACUACCGCGUCGGCACAACUGCUGAUGCCACCGCUGACGCCACCCUGCCCGCAGCGGCUGCGGAAGUAGCAGCAGUGGGAGCGAGUGCAACUGGUGCUACGAUCACCGCCAGCAGCAGCGACAGUGUAGAGCAACUGAGUUUGAUUAGCAGCGGGCGGGGCAUUGUGGGGAGGGGGUUCACGGAGAGGUCGUUCAAGACCCUCCCUGCCGACCCCUCUGACUCAAUCAACAUCGCCAUCGUUGGCGACAUGGGGCAGACAGGGUGGACGGUGUCCACCCUCGACCACAUCGCGCAGCAGCCGCACGACCUGCUCGUGCUCCCAGGGGACCUCUCCUACGCCGAUGCGUACCAGCCGCGCUGGGACACGUGGCACAACCUCAUAGAGCCGCUGGCGAGCUCGCGCCCGUGGAUGGUGGUGCCGGGGAACCACGAGAUCGAGAGCCUGCCGGGGCUGGUGCGCCCGUUCACGGCGUACAACGCGCGCUGGCCCAUGCCGGCUGCGCAGAGCGCGUCGCCAUCGAACCUGUUCUACUCGUUUGAGAGCGCGGGCGUGCACUGGGUGAUGCUCAACUCCUACUCCGACUUUGAACCAGACUCUGUGCAGGGCCAGUGGCUCAAGAGGGACCUGGCGGGAGUGGAUCGGUCGCGCACGCCGUGGCUGGUGGCGGUGGUGCACGCACCAUGGUACAACAGCAACAGCGCGCACCAGCGGGAGGCGGAGCCCAUGCGCCGCGCGCUGGAGCGCGUGCUGUACGACGCACGCACCGACAUGGUCUUCGCCGGCCACGUGCAUGCCUACGAGCGCUCCGCGCGGGUGUUUGAUGGGCAAGUGGACCCCUGUGGCCCCAUCUACAUCACCAUUGGGGAUGGCGGCAACAAGGAGGGCCUCGCCACAGAGUACCUGUCCCCCUCGCCCGACUGGUCGAUCUUCCGCGAAGCGUCCUUUGGCCACGGGGAGCUAAAGAUAUUUGGAAAACAACUUAUCUCUGUGCUCUCACAAGCCCAGGCUCCAGUAGGAGGAGAGGAGGCAGGAGGCGCAUAUGGGGAGGCGGAGUGGGUGUGGCACCGCAAUGAUGAUGACGAGGCAAUGGUGCGGGACAGUGCGAGGGUUGUCAGCCUCGCCAGUGACAAGGCCCCGGCUCAGUGCAGACCACCCACUGCUGCUGCUGCUGGUGCUGCUGCUGCUGGCGCUGGUGCUGCCUCCAGCUAACAGCAUUGCACCAUGCACAAGCCUGAUGCACACGGCUGGUGCAGACGCCAAGAGCACAAGCCUUGAGAAUUCCAGGCAGUUAGGGUAGCCGGUCAAGGUGGGAAGAGACAAGGGUAUUGCUGACUGUUCCUUACCUGCUUGCAAGGUAGGGUGCUUGCUAAGGAAACAAACACAGGGCAACCAUGCACUGGCAUAUAAGAACAUGCUCAAGUACUCGAAAAGGAAACACAUACGAUCAGGGCUCUGGCUAAGGUUUUGGGAGGUCUUUCUAGUCAGGGCAGUCUCCCCCACCCUUACCCUUCGGCAUAAGGGUACUGCCAUGGGCACCCUAGUUUUGACAGGGUGUUUUAAAUCGCGACCCUUUCUUGACAAGGUUAAAAAUU